AGACGAGUAAUCGCAGGCGUUUAGACGCGGCUCUCGCUAUCGAACUCGUUAUCGUCCUUCUGGCCAACUGACAUUGAUGAAGCCAAGGCCUCGGCAAAAAUUGGCGAUCGCGCAUUAUCUCAUCGGUGCCCCGAGGGCAAACACUUUAUUAUCGCGUGCAAUCGUAGCGAACAACGGAGAACGCGCGUUUGCUGCGCGCCGAGAGCCGCACGAGCGAAGACACUCGGCUCGGUGCACUCGCGCGCGUCGAUUUAAUGCGUUUCUCGCCAUUUUUAUUUGAUCGACUGCGAUUGGGCGCGAGUACCGCUGUGGGAAACGCGUCUUUUAAUUGCGAGUCGUAAAAGACACGAAGAACUUUGAGAGGGUUUCCGCAGGGUCUCGAUUGACGAGAGGAACGGUGUGAAAUGUCAAUCAUCGAGCGUGGUGAUCGGGAGGAGGAAACGUCUUGUAUGACAGAUCGGUACACAGUGACGUGGCCGUGGAAAAUGAGCGAUGUGAGAAAAAUGCUUGAAAACACGGUGAAGUAUAAUUACAAGAGGACAGAUCUAAUGGUCAGGUAAUGCAGAACGUCAAAUACGGCAAGCGCUGACUUUUCCGAGACCGGGAUAUCGAAUCGUUCGUUUCGCACGACGCCAAUUUCAUGUGUCUGAUGUGUUGUGAAUCAUCGUCAAAUAGAUAAAACGAAUGGCAGAAACAUGUAACCGAUUGGACUAAAAAAUUUCAUCAAUCUCUCUUUGAAUUGGGCUUUAUCAGAAAAUUAUCAGUCGGUGCAGUCGAAAUGAGAGAAAUCGUGCACUUGCAAUUGGGACAAUGCGGCAACAAUGUCGGAAGAAAGUUUUGGGAAGUAAUUUCAGACGAGCACGGACUGAAUCCGACCGGCAGGUUCGUUGGGAAAUCUGAUCUUCAAUUGCAACGAAUUAACGUGUAUUUCGCAGAAGACGCAGCCGAGAGAUACGUGCCCAGGGCUAUUCUCGUUGACCUCGACCGUAAAGGCUUGGAACCCGUGUUAUCUGGACCGUACGGCAACCUAUUUAAGCCCGACAAUGUCGUGGCCGGGACAAACGGGGCCGGCAACAAUUGGGCCAAGGGUCAUUACACCGAAGGAGCGGAGCUCGCGGACUUGACCUUGGAACUCGUGCGAACGGAAGCCGAGAGCUGCGAUUUAAUCCAAGGCCAAUUCCGAAAGAAACGAUUAAUGAUCAUCGUUAACGAAGGUAUACAGCUCGUGCACGCUUUGGGCGGUGGCACCGGGUCAGGUAUGGGCAGUUUGCUCGUUCAGAACUUGAUCGAGGAAUAUCCCGGCAGAGUGUUGAAAUCUUACGUCGUAAUGCCGUCGUCGAGAACGUCGGACGUCGUUGUGGGGCCCUACAACGCGGUACUGUCGAUUAACCACCUGAUCGAGUGCGUCCACCAAGUCUACCACAUGGAUAACGAGGCCCUCUAUUAUAUUUGCAAUAGCAUUCUGAGACUCUUCUCGCCGACUUACGACGAUAUGAAUCACUUAAUUUCCGUCUGCAUGGCAGGCGUCACGACGUGUUUGAGAUUCCCAGGACAGUUGAACGCUGACCUGAAGAAACUUCUGGUGAACAUGGUGCCGUUUCCACGGCUACACUUCUUCGUGCCCGGACACGUGCCGCUGAUAGCAGACAGAUCGAUUCGUUACAGACUUCUGUCGGUUCUGGAAUUGACGCAACAGAUGUUCAGUGCGAGCAGCAUGUUCGCCGAUUGCGAUCCUAGAAAGGGACGAUUCCUCACCGUCGCCGCGAUCUUCCGAGGCAGAAUGUCGACCAAGCACGUGGAAGAGCAAAUGUGCAAUAUACAGAACAGGAAUAGCAAAUAUUUCGUCGGAUGGAUACCGCACAACAUCAAAACCGCUAUAUGCGACGUGCCGCCGCGCGGCGUGAACAUGUCCGGCACCGUGUUAUCGAACACGACAGCGAUUCAGGAGCCGCUUAAGAAGCUGUCCGAUCUCUUCCAGAACUUGUUCAGGAGAAAGGCAUACAUCCAUUGGUACAUCAGCGAGGGCAUGGAGGAGUCCGAAUUCGUGGAAGCUCAUGAGAAACUGCUCUCCCUCAUCUCCGAGUAUCGAGAGUAUCAGGAGAACGGAAAUGAGCAACUUGGAAACGAGUGGUAACGCGGUGUUCAGGCGAAAAUUCGCAUGCAUGGUAGGAAGAGAGGGAGAUGGGGGAGAAUUAUUGGGAAGAUUAAAAAUAUAAUACC